UUAAAUAUAAAUUCAGUUAAAUUUCUGCUACCAGAGAAUCCCGAGAUUACAACUUUUGGAAAUAUGCGUGACAACAUUUUAAAAUUAUUUGAGAAAAACAAAGAAAUAAAAUGUAAAAAAAUGCUCAUAAAUUGUCUAAAAAACGAACUGAAAAAAAUUAAAUUUGGGCACAUAAAUGCACAAAUAUUUGCAGAUUUUGAAGGAUAUUUAAGUAGACAAAAGGACGAAGAAAAGAAUAAAAAAUUAAAAACGGUCAAGAAAUCGGUUGCAAAUUUGGAAAAAUUUGAAUUUGUAACGUUCUUAAAAAUCAGAGAGAUGUGUGGGGAUUUGGAGAAUUAUUUUGAGGAACACAUUGAAAUUGCUAAGGAUAUUUGUUCGAUAGAGAAGUUUACUGAGAAAUUUGAUAAAAUGCUUAAAUCUGCUGAGACCACAUUUGUAAGCUUAUAA